AUGCGACACAAGCUUGCAGCUAGGAAGGUGAGCGGUAAAAAAUUACAAAAAUUGAAGGACGCUUUCAACAAGCUCAUGAGUCCGGCAGUGCUAAACGAAGACAGAAAGAUGAUAGAAAAAAAGCCGAGGAAAAUUUUAAGUGAAAUGAAUUUCAACAACCCUGACAACUACUUGAUGGGAGAUGUGGAUAUUGCAGAAUCGCAGUAUGAGGACUGGCUGAGAAUAGACCAACGGCCUAAGCGGACAAUUCCGGACAUGUUCAGAAACAAAGGAUGGAAGUCAAGGGUUAUCUAUUACGCGAUCGACUCGUCUUUGGCGCUGAAAGGCCGCAGAAUCAUACAAAAGACGCUACGCAUUUGGGAACAGAAAACGUGCCUGAAAUUUGUGGAAAACAGCCAGAUGGACGAAGGUCUUUUAUUUGUCAACGAAAGAGGAUGCUCAAGUUUUAUUGGCCACGUGGGAGGCGUGCAGACUAUAAACUUGCUGUUUCCGGAAUGUACUCACGUAGGGGUGAUUUCACACCUUUUGAGCCACGCACUUGGAGCAUGGCAUGAGCAGAACCGGCGUGACAGCUCCGCAUUUGUCACGGUUCACCUGGAUAACAUCACACCGGACAACUACCACGCAUUCCUAUCAUUUGAUGAUGGAACGCUAGACACGGAACAACUGCCAUACGAAUAUGCGAGCAUUAUGCAUUUUGACCCGAUGACGCCGGCGAUGUCGUUGGACUCUGAGGCUUUCACGCUGACGCCCAUCGAUGAAACGUUCAUGAACGUGAUGGGUCAGCGUCAGAGUCCGUCUUUCCUUGACUACGAAAAAAUAAACGCCGUGUACUGUGCGGAUGCUUGCAGCAGCCAGCCAACUUUGCAGUGCCUGCAUAAUGGCUACCAAAACUUUAGCAACUGCUCCGAAUGCAUCUGUCCGCCAGGGUUUGGAGGAACGCAGUGCGAAGGCGUGGAACAAACAGGGGCGCGUGACUGCGGAGGUGAGCUUCAGGCCACUGCCUCGCCGCAGUAUUUCACGACACCGUCGUACCCGAACAAAUUUCCACGUAAACAGUACUGCGUAUGGUACAUAAAGGCAGAAAGGGAAGAUCAGCGAGUCUUUCUGAAGUUCGUUGAGACCUUCGACCUGCCGUGCCAACCAAACUGCAGGUGGAGCUAUGUGGAAGUGAAAGUGGGUGAACCGUUCAACCGAGUGGGAGCCCGGUUUUGCUGUAAGCGAUCACCCACCGCUUCAGCGCCUUUGGCAUCGGCCGACAAUGAAAUGGUCGUUAUCUUCAGGUCUGACAUCGAAGUGGCCGAUGGAUUUCGGGCCAGGUACUGCAUGUUGGCAACAGAAGCGAACACCCAUUCAUGGUCAGCGUGGAGUGAGUGCACACAGAAGUGUGGAGGUUGUGGUCGAAUGAUGCGACAGAGAACAUGUCAGCGUCCAUGCGAAUCUAUGGAGGUAAAGAAGUGCAAUUUCAACCGCUGCAUUAACAGCAAGUUCAUAAUAAACAACGGUGAAUUCUUCAUUCUCAUAAAUGGCUGUUGCGUUGGCCUUGCUCCCGGAUCAGAUGACACCUGCCAGGAAACGAACGCUCUCAAAUCUCUGAUGGGCGGCCUUUUAGGAAGCAACAAACGGUGA